AUGCCCAUCUUCCCAACGAAGCGAAAGUGGCUGCAACGACCGAGAUUACAACGACGCUGCGUUGAUGAUACUCUUCGAGAUAAAGCUCAGUUCACAUGGCAGCGGUCGGUUCAGGAGUACUCCAGACUCAAUCUUACGUACGAAUCUGAUAAGACGAUUGCCCUGGCUGGAGUUGCUCAACGCAUGCAACGCACACGACCCGAUGAUAGGUAUCUGUCUGGUAUCUGGGAGAAAUACCUACCGCUGGAUCUUCUCUGGAUGGUCUGGCCUACGCCAAAAGCUAAGAAGCCGAGGCUUGCGAGAUACCCUUCGUGGUCCUGGGCUUCAGUCUCGUCACAGGUUAUGUGGGAUGGAAAUUGGAGUCCACUCCAAUCUGUGGUCAUCCAGGAAGUUCGUUAUACCCCUGAUGGGCCGAGCCACAUGGGCGACUGCUCAAUGUCUUCAAUCACUUUGCAAGUUCCACUGAUACGGGUUGAGUCAUUGCUGCCAACCAAGGUCACACCUAUGGGCGUAUGGAAUGGUAACAUCAGCCACACAGCCACACCAGUGGAAGACAUCAGCGUCGAGGAGCUUUGCGUAAACGACUACAAACCUGACAGCCCGUCAGAUGGAUCUGUAUCUACAACAUGGCCACCUGUUAUUGGCGGGUUCAUUAUACCACUUGGUGUGAACGUCGAAGACAGUUUCACCUUCUGUGGCAUUCAUGUUAUUAAGAAGUUGGGGAGCAACGGCUAUGAGCGAGUAGGCAAUGUCGGACUCAGCCAUGAUGAUUUAUUGAUGAGUAACUACACCAAGUUCUUCCGUCGUCUAAAGCAUGAUGAUACUUCACGAGGGCCAAGCAUGGAGUCUCUGGAGACAACUUGCAGAUCCUACGCUCAUCGUGUAAGAGAACUGUUAGAAGGAUUACAAGUUUCAGAAAUUGUCUUGGUAUAA